AACAUGUCGACCGGACUCUCGCUCACGUUGAAGAAAAACCCAGCUUGGAAACCCCACGGGCCCAAAGAUUACGCUCGUUCCGCGCGCAAGUGGGGCAUUCAGUCUACCGAGCAAACCGCCUUCUAUGUACAUGAAAACACCCUCCUGCGCCGCACUGCAGUGCCUACUUCCACCGAGCAGGAUGGAGCGCCAUCGGAGGCCAGAAGUGCUAAGAGGAGAUCCAUUUUUGCAUCCAUCUUCCGUGGAAGUAAGGAUAAGAAGUCGGCGGCGGGAACAGCCAAAGUCCCAACUGAGGAUGUUCAGAACGAUCUUGAAUAUGUUGUGCCUGUGACCAUUGGCACUCCUGGCGUCACGGUUAACCUCGAUUUCGAUACCGGUUCUGCCGAUCUCUGGGUCUGGUCAUCUCUUCUUCGCGUUAGCAAGGCUGUUCUCAAGAAUCACCAAGUCUACAACCCGGCGAAAUCCUCUACUGCUCAAGCCCAGAAGGGCCUUCUCUGGACCAUCCAUUAUGGUGAUAAUAGUUCUGCCAGCGGAACCGUUUAUACGGAUACUGUCAAACUCGACACGUUGUCAGUGCCUAAUCAAGCCGUUGAGCUCGCUUCCAAGCUCUCCCCGUCCUUCCUCAACGAGAACGCGAGCGAUGGUUUGCUUGGGCUGGCUUUCCCUUCGAUUAACACUGUAUCGCCUACGUCUCAGAAAACUCCCGUGCAGAAUAUGAUUGAACAGGGGUUGAUCUCUCAACCUAUAUUUACUGCCAAGCUCGAUAAAGGCGACUCAAGUGGCUUCUACACAUUUGGGUACAUUGAUCAGGCUGUGGCCGGAGAUGUCUCCUCCAUUCAAUAUACCGCCGUCGACUCCUCCAAUGGUUUCUGGGAAUUCCCCAGUGAGACGUUGAAGGUUGGGAACAAGAUAGUUCAAAGGGCUAGUGGCAACACUGCUAUUGCAGAUACUGGUACCACUUUGAUCCUCCUUGACGAUGCGGCGUGUUCCGCAAUUUAUGGCUCUGUCUCUGGUGCCACACUCAACCAUUCUUUGGGCGGCUGGGCCCUCCCGACCGACGCCACUUUGCCCGCUACCAUUUCUUUUGCAGUUGGGAGCCUUCAGUAUAGCAUCCCUGGCGGCGAUUUGAUCUUUGCAGACGCAGGAAAUGGCUUUUCGUUCGGAAGCAUUCAAAGUAGGGGUCAAAAUCCUCAGGAUAUCCUUGGUGAUGUUUUCUUGAAGCGGGUGUAUGCUAUUUUUGACCAGACCCCGGAUGCGCCUAAGAUCGGAUUUGUUCAGCGUACCGACUGGUAGGGGGAAUCCUCAGCAUGACCUAUCGUCCCUUUUUCCUUCUAUAGUGUUUGAUGGACCUAGUAGUGGUCUACAUCCUUGACGAAUCGCGACGACUCUUUCUUUUCUUGAACUACUAAGUCAUGG